AUGCCUGAACUCCCGUCCCAUGCAUCGCCCGGUCUCCCACCACUCUACACACCGCAGCCGCAGAGCCCGAGCCGGAACGGGUUCGACUUCCACACGUCAGACAGCGCCGUAGGGGAGGGCACGACACAAGAUCAUGUGCCGCGAGUCUCACAGCACCGUGGAUCCGACCCACCCCCCUCGCUCAUCUCGCCCGCCUUCACGCCUCCAGCCACGCCGGGCUUCACGACACCGUCACAACCCCGCCGACCGCCCCGCUCGAUACCUGUGGAUACCUCGAGAUCCACCGACUCGCCAAGACCCGAGCUGCUCCAGAAGCUACCCAUAGUCGAGUGCGAAGUACGCGCGCGCAUACCCACGACCACCGGCCAUGAGAUGUGGCUUCACGUUUACCGCAACAAUGUAGACACCAAAGAGCACCUCGCUAUCGUGUUUGGCAACCAAAUUCGCUCGCGAUCACUGGACGCGGAGAGGCCUGGAGAGACAGAGCUCGACCGUAUGACUAGAGGCGCAUACGUAGGGCGACUGUAUCCAGGCCGGAUCAGCUCUCGGAUAGAAGCAAUCAAGCGCGCAGAAGGCGUACCUUCGAAACGAACGCCAGACGUCGCCACAACCAACAGUCACGACGAUGGGCGGACCUCAUCCUCUUCAGCAUCUUCAGAGAAUGGCGAUGCACAUACGCCCACCUCCGACCUCCCUCUCGUGCGCAUACACUCGGAGUGCUACACCGGCGAGACCGUUUGGUCCGCACGCUGCGACUGCGGCGAGCAACUCGAUGAAGGCGCGCGCCUUAUGGCAGACCCUACAUUCUCUCCCUCCGGCGGCGCCAUAAUCUACCUGCGGCAAGAAGGGCGCGGCAUUGGGCUUGGCGAGAAGCUGAAAGCAUACAAUCUGCAAGAUUUGGGCAACGAUACCUACGAAGCAAACGUCAUGCUUAGGCACCCGGCUGAUGCUCGGAGCUACGGCCUGGCGACAGCUAUGCUCAUGGACCUGGGCCUGGAUGGAGAAAGAGGCAUCAGACUGCUCACAAACAACCCUGAUAAGGUUCGCGCGGUCGAGGGACCAGGGCGCGAGGUUGUGGUCAGAGAGAGGGUGGCUAUGGUACCGCUUGCUUGGAAGACAGGCGGUAAGCAGGGCAUCAAGAGUGAGGAGGUGGAGAAGUAUCUGAGCACAAAGAUCGAGAAGUUUAAGCACAUGCUCGAUCAAAGGUAG